AUGACUCCGCCGCCUCGCCGCGGCUUGGGUAAAGGCCGCGGGCGCGGGGGACGAGGAGGCGAACGCGACCAGAGCGGUGUUAUUAACAAUCAUAUCAGUGAAAGCUCAACCUUAAAGCUUAAAAAACGCGAGCGAGGAAACAGUAGCAACAAGCGUGGCGGGGGACGUGGGAGCGGAGCCUCGUCUACUGCCUCGUCCUCAUCCGCUACAUCUGCAAGGCCUACGCGUGCGGUGACAACGGUCUUAAAAAAAGUGGUGGUUCGCAACAUUCCCCCAACAGCUUCGGAAUCGGAGGCGCGGGAGCUGCUGCAGGCGCAUGGUGUAAGCGAUGAGCUGAUUUGGCGCUUUGUUCCUGGCCUCAAGCGGAGCAAAAAUCGUCCAUCAACGCCUGCACGUCUUUACUUAGAUAUGAAACACGAACCGGAAAGCGCGCGCAAGCUUAUUGCUUCGCUUCACGGACAAUUUUUCUAUCCAGAUUUAAAGGAUCAAGGGGGUUUUCAACCGCUGGACGUUGAGUUUGCUCCUUUUCAAAAAAUUCCACGCGAAAAACAGCGCAAGGAUGCAAAAGAUGGAAUGUUAGACCGUGAUCCGGAAUAUAUCGCGUUUUUGGAGGAUCUGGCCAAGCCAAAAGACAAACUUCCAAGUGUUGAAACGCUAAUGGAUAUGGUAGAUGGCGAGACAGUGGAAAAGCCGGUCGCGGCUUUAGUCAAGUACAUGAACGAGCGGAAGGCCCACAUACGUGACAAAGGAAAAGGAAAAUCAAGUGCUAAAUCACUCGAUAAAAGUGGGCGUCGGCAAAAGGAAAAGAUUGACGGAUCAAAGCAGAAAGGACCAAAAGAUAAGGCAAAGUCUGCGAAGGAUCGUCAGAAAAAAAGAAUUGGCGAGACGGGAACAAUCUUAGAUUCCAUUUCGCGCAAGCAACGGGGAAAAAAUUUGUUAAGAGAGGAUGUGCAGGAAGCCUAUACUGAGGAGGCUGCCCAACCGGGGAGUGUGCAUAUCAUGACGCAGAAAAAGUCGGCCGCCGCUACCCCUGCCGGCAAAGCGAUGGGAGUAACGCCACUUCAAAAUAUUUCGUUGGAUUCCACAUCAGAAACGCUUGGCCCUAAAGUCGGCAAGAAGUCCGGUGGUCGUGGACGGAUUAACUCGAAAAAGGGUAAAGAUGGGGGCGAAAAGGCUGAGGGCCCUAGUAGGACCGAUGUUAGACAUCCAUCACGUCGUAAAGGCGAAAAAGGUGGUAAAAAGGAGUCGACCGACAAACUCGAACGGAAAAAAAAAGUCUUUGCCCCAAAGGAUGCAACUGCGCAAGGCACUCCUGCCAAGAGCUGA